CAACAAUCGCGGAUGAUGGUAUUAAGCAGCUAAAGGAAAUGAUUUUUUCAGGAUGGCCAGAUCACAAGAAGCAGAUACCGAGAGCACUGACCCCUUAUUUUGGUGUUCGUGAUCAGCUGGUAGUACAGAAUGGACUAGUCUUUUGUGGAGACAGACUUCUAGUCCCGGAUCAACUGCGAUCCUAUAUGCUAGACAGAGUACAUUCGACGCACUUGGGCAUCAAUGAAUGCAUUCGUCGUGCAAAACAAAGUAUUUGGUGGCCAGGCAUGACAGGACAGAUAAGAGACAAGAUAGAGUCAUGUGAAGAAUGCAACAAGUAUCCAGUGAAGCAAUCUAAGGAGACACUAGUAUCGCACCAUGUCCCAGAACGACCUUGGGUGAAAGUUGGAGUUGAUUUGUUUGAGUAUAGGUCCAAGCACUACUUGGUAAUAUCAGAUUACCAAAGCAAUUUUCUUGAGAUGGAGCGACUAUAUGAAACAACGUCGAAGUCUGUGAUCAAAUCAUUGAAACAACAAUUUGCUAGACACGGAAUUCCUGAGCACUUGUUUAGCGAUAAUGGGCCGCAAUUUCAGUCACAAGAAUUUGCUCAUUUUGCAGACGUAUGGAAUUUUCAACAUAAUACUGCAAGUCCAGGAUAUCCGAAGAGUAACGGAAAAGCUGAAAAUGCAGUUAAAGUAGCCAAGAGAAUUCUCAAGAAGUCGCGAGAAGCAGGUACAGAUGUUUACCUAGCAUUACUUGAUUAUCGGAACACCCCGAGUGAAGGACUUGCCACAAGUCCAGCACAACGACUGUUCAAUAGGAGAACACGCACCCUUCUUCCGACGAAAGCUAGUCUUCUUGAACCAAAGAUGAAUCCAGAUGAGAGUGACCAUCAGCGGGUCAACAAAGAGAAACAAAAGGCGAAUUACGACAGAAACGCUCGAGAUUUGCCACAAUUGCGUCCAGGUGAUACGGUACGAGUACAGCCACUAACACAGAAACGAGACGUAGUGUGGCCGAAGGCAGUAGUGACUAAUGUGCUACCCAAUAGAUCUUAUGGAAUCUUGACGGAACAUGGUAAAGAAUUGAGACGCAAUAGGGUUCAUCUGAGGAAGGUCAAGGAAGAACCAGUGAGGAUUCCUACCCAGCAGGUAAAGGACACAGCAGGAGGAAGGAAUGACAACCAUGCACCUCAGCAAGUUGUACAGUCAAAGACUACGAAAACACCGAAGAGACAGAUAGAGAACCGGCCAGUAUCUACCACUACCUCCCAAGACAACUCAACGAGAACUACCAGAAGUGGACGAGUGGUGAAGAGUCCAAAGUAUCUUCAAGACUAUGUUACGUAGCUAAAAAAAAACUGACAGUACUGUAUAAUGACUGAACGUCUAGAUGGUUGUGUUGCAGUUUUUUUUUGUUUUUUUUUUGUGUUUAAAGAAAAAGGGAUGUAGAGUAUAUAUGGACUAUAUAUAGUAGCAGGUAGAUACGGGUACUGUGUAACUUGAGGGUGCGUGGUGUGAGUCUGACAAUAGAGCCACGUGGAACCGCAGCCUCUCGUGUGUGUACUAGGUAGUACCUAACAGAGUCGUAGAACAC